UAGGAGCUCUCCAGUGUUGGAGGUUAUAAAAAGGAAACAGCAAGGCAUGACUUUGGCAGACUUUGACUAACAGUGUAAUGGGAAUGUCUUUCUGGAUACACUAAGUAGUGCCAGUUAAAAUCAAUAAUUAUGACAGAGUGUUGUGGAAAUAUUAUACCCUCAGCUGAUAAUCCCAAGACAGCCCAAGAUAUAUGGAAAUGGAAUCUAUUAACGAGAAAUGCCUGAUGACAAUUUUUUGACGGAAUAAAUAGCAGUGCAGACUUUGUGAUAAGUGUAGAGGAAAGUGAAACUAUUAACUGACAAAAAAAGGACAGUGAUGUAUUAUUCAUUUGAAGUUGAAAGACAACAGUAUUGAAAUCCUGCAGUGAAUUCUCAGCGAGAUUAAAAAACAAAUUUGCCGAGACAAUAUACAUCACAAUUCUCAAGGCUGUCAUUUGCUGUUCUAAGACAAUCGGAAAUUUUCAGCAGAACUAAUCUGAGGAUUAGGGUAUAGAUUCUAAUUAGGUCUGACAGAUAAAUCUGUCACCCUGUUAUCGGUGACAAUCUUACGGGGAUCUCUGACAAUCCUACGACAUCACAGCAGCGAACUAUACAAACACGGAGGGAUGUGGAUCUACAUCAGAAAAUCCCCGAGAUUAAGAGGAUUCAGUAAAACAGAGAUGACUAUAGGAUUACAAGAUUGAGCAAGGUAAUCACGGAGAGUUGGAAUCCCGUUUUAAAUGUGCAAAAGAUAAAACAAUAUUUCAAAGGGAAUAUUUCAAUAAUGGAUUAAAUCAGAUUGGAAGAUCUCAUUGUGCUUCAUCAGAAAUUACGUUUGUUUACUGUUCAUAAACUUUUCUUUAAAAGAUUCAAUCAGUGUUGAUCAGAACAAAUAAAAAACGAACACUUCUUGGGAGUCUCCUGAGGAGAGAAUGCAAAUAUUCAAGAUGCGCUAUAAUAAUUCCAGUUUAUGUGAAUCUGUGGAUGCACCUUGGUGGUGUGACCAGGAAGCAAGCUUAAUAGUUCUCAUGGCUAUUGCGAUAACACUUUGUGUCAUUGGAAGUUUUGGCAACCUCAUCACAAUCUUAGCCAUCAUCUUCUCCAACCUACGUAACAACGUUAACUGCAUUCUAAUCGGGAGUUUAAGUAUGGGAGGAUUUCUAUACUGUUCUGUUAUUCUGCCAUUACAGGCAGUCAUAUAUUAUCAAGUCCAGGACAUCACCAGUGAAUUUUUCUGUCGUGCUAUGGCUGGUAUGAGAUAUAGUUUGGUGGGGACUAUUCUACUUAAUCUGAGUGUCAUUGCCUUUUACAGGUACCUUAACAUCGUCCACAUAAAUCUCUACCACAAACUGUCCACCACGCGGUCCCUAAUGCUUGCUAUCGCCAUUAGCUGGAUCUUCCCCCUUUUCUUCACAAUACCCCCAACUCUAUCCCUUUGGGGCUCCUUUUCCUUCAAUAAGAAAGUUCUUGCGUGUACUUUCUUUGACAAUGGCAGUUUGUCUGAUCAUUCCAAUCGUUACGCCACUGUGACAGCUGGAUUCAUUGUCCCAUGUUUCUUUAUCACCUUCUGCUACGCCAGGAUAGGCUGUGUCGCAUAUGGAAGCUCCAAACGAGUAAGUCAGUGGAGUACCAGCACCACACAAACAAAGGCUCUCCGCCUUUCAGCCAUGAUGUUGUGUAUAUUUGCCAUAUUUUUUGUAGGAACCUUUCCCUAUUUUACAGUGAAUGUUUAUGACAGGCAUUUUGAGCAGCCGAUCCACCAUCUGUGGACGACAGUUUUAUGCUGGUUGUCAUACUGUUUGAAUCCUGUGGUGUACACAGUAAUGGACAGGAAUUUCCGAACAGCAUACAGACGAUUCUUAAUGGGAGAUUGUGAAAGGUCACCACUAAAUAGGAAUGGGUCAUUUCAGCCCCCUUUGACCCCUGUGUGACCUCAGAAAUGACUAAAUAUAGAUAUCCUUCUCUUACCGUUUUACUGUAUUAUAUUAUCAGAAAAACUGGGUCAAAUAGAGAGUCCUUGGCAUGAAUACUAUAUUUGGUAUUGUUUCUUUGUUUUUGAGUUGCUGUUGUAUAAAAGAGAUUUAAACUAAAAGCUGAUUAUAUUUUGUCAGAGAAAACUGAUGACAUUAAAGAAUUAAGAAUUGCCUUACUCUGAAAGACAAGAAAUUAUAUAUAAAGCAUGUGCUCAACAAGCUAAUACAUGUAGUUAUUAUGUAUUAGGUUAUUUAAUUUAUUUAAUUAUCCUUGAUGUUUGAAUUGGUGCUACAGAUGUUUAAAUGUUAUAAUUUUAUUGAGAGACUGAUUUUAUAAAAUUUGAUUAUUAAUUGAAGUUUAACAUAAAUAGAGGAUAUUCAAUGUUUUGUUGAUGAAUAUGAAUUCAAUGUUUUGUAGUUGAAUAUGAAUUCAUUUCAGGAGUGGGAAAGGAUUUUUUUUCUAUUUAAUUUAACGAGUGUGAAGCACAUGUGAAAAUAUCAAAAAAUCCUGUUUCAUGAGUGAAAUAAAUUCCAAAUUCAACAACAAAACAUGGAAUUUUCUGUUUAUUACAUUUUAAAAAUUUCUUUGAUUUUCCCUUUAUUGCCUCUGUCUUUUAGAAAUAAUUUAGUAAAAGGCUAGACAUGGCGUCAUAGUUGAGCAAUUGAGAUGUCAUAGCUAAGUGAGGUGAAAACAUUGUAAACAUGGAUUAGCAGCAUAUUUUUGGUAAUUUUGGCAGUUUUAUUCUCUGUCAGAAUGGACUAGCUAUUUAACCUCUAUCUAUCUUAUAUAUAGGUCAAAGAAGAUUUUUUUACAACACUCACCGUUAUUGGAAGGAAAAUCAAGAGUUUUACCGCACAUCUGAUAUUUGUCACUUUGUGAAAGGAUAUCAUUUUGAUAUCCUUUCACACUGUGACAGGAUAUCAUUUUUAUUCAAUGAAUAAAUUACAAUAUGUCACUAGUAAAAAUGUAAUAAAUAGCUUUAAUCAUCUUUGUUCACUACAGUUUGUGGGCAUAUGAUAAAUAUGACAAUAUUUGUGUUUAUAUAUGUUUUCUUUAAUGUGGAUUUUAAAGUUGUUUUGUUUGAGUGAGGAAAAAUUAUUCAUAUAUAUUGUUUCAGUAUUAAUUAUUCAUUUCUACAUUCCAACCUGGAAUUAUUAUCAAAUAAAUGUAAAAGAUAAAA